CCAGAUUUAAAUCAAUCUCAGAAAAAAGUACAAAUUUGCUGCAGAAAAAAAUAAAUAAAUAUCGGUACAUGAGACCUGAUGAAGAUAAAAUGAUUGAUUGUGAGGAAAACGCUGAUAAUACUUUCGAAGGAAAUCUGCAUAAAGUUGAGGAAUUUAUUGCAAAUAGUGAAGAAAGGAGUAAAGAUUCAGAAGAAGUUGGUGCACUUGAAAAUGUAAGCAAUGUUAUUUUGAAAUCAAAAAAUAAGAAGACCAAAAAAGGGAAAAGAUCAUUCAUCAAGCAUAAAAUAUUUUCAAUUAUUGAUCCGCUUAUAUCUGUUUGUAUUAUUGCACCAAUGUGUAUUGGAUUUUGGAGAGGACUCUGGGGCUUGCUGGACAUUUAUGCAGAAAAUAAGUUAUCCUUAUUUUUCAUUAUGAUUUUUAUUAUAUUAUAUAUAAUAUUUAAUAAUCUUUGAAUUCAAUGAUUAAAUUGGUUCAUAUUCAAGGUUGGAAAAGUUUUUCAAAAAGAAGAACUAAUUACAGCUACAGUUGCUUCGUGAAAACAGCAACUAUUUUGGUACAUAUAUUUCUAGUUACUUAUUCGAGUAACUGGAAUGAUCCUGCGCAGUUCCUUAUUGAUACAUGAAAUAUAUUACAUA